AAAUAGUAGACUGGGACCAGAAUGGAAGCUGCAGAGCCUCGUCAUAUUUUCCUUGAAAUAGGAGAGACCGCUCCAGUUUACUUAGCUUCAAAAGAAGCCCGAGGGCUGUUACACUGAAAAAAGAAAGAAAAGCGGAAAAACAACUGCACCACAUGAGAAUAUAAAAAAGAAGAGAACUCUAGCCAAUUGCACCAUCACUGGAUGGAAGAGCCCAGCUGUCACAACCUGUCUAGGGAGCUUUGGGUUUACUCUGUUUACUCCAGGAAAGCCUCAACUCAACUACUGCAGCUUCUGAAGCAUGGCCUGAAUAGAUUCCGUCAUUUUAUCAGUCCAUUAGCGGAUAGGAAACUGAAGAAAUAAAGAAGUACACAUAAAGAGCAUGCCACUUAGUACUCUGGUUUGAUAGCUACAGAAGACACUGAGAAGUCAAGUUGUAACAAUGACGACUACUUCAGUUGACAGUUGGCCUUGCUCCUCCUAUGGAAUGUACUUUAUAGCUAAUUACAGUGACCAAGCGUCACAAAAUUUCUCAAGAGGGUCAAAUGUUACCAGCUGUCCGAUGGAUGAAAAAUUACUAUCUACGGUGUUAACAACGUUCUACUCUGUCAUUUUCAUCGUGGGACUGGUUGGAAACAUCAUUGCCCUCUAUGUAUUUCUGGGCAUCCACCGCAAAAGAAAUUCCAUUCAAAUUUAUCUACUUAACGUGGCCAUCGCAGACCUUCUACUCAUCUUCUGCCUCCCUUUCCGCAUAAUGUAUCACAUCAACCAAAAUAAGUGGACACUAGGUGUGAUCCUUUGCAAAGUUGUGGGGACACUAUUUUACAUGAACAUGUACAUUAGCAUUAUUUUGCUUGGGUUUAUCAGUUUGGAUCGCUAUGUAAAAAUUAAUCGGUCUAUACAACAAAGAAGGGCAAUAACCACCAAGCAAAGUAUUUAUGUUUGCUGUAUAGUAUGGACAGUUGCUCUUGCCGGAUUUUUAACUAUGAUCAUUUUGACGCUGAAGAAGGGAGGGCACAAUUCCACAAUGUGUUUCCAUUACAGAGACAGACAGAAUGCAAAGGGAGAAGCAAUUUUUAACUAUGUUCUUGUGGUAAUGUUCUGGCUUAUUUUCCUACUGAUAAUUCUCUCAUAUAUUAAGAUUGGCAAGAAUCUACUGAGAAUUUCUAAAAGGAGGUCAAAAUUUCCAAAUUCUGGCAAAUAUGCUACAACAGCCCGGAACUCCUUCAUUGUACUGCUCAUUUUUACCAUAUGUUUUGUGCCUUAUCACGCCUUUCGAUUUGUCUACAUUUCUUCACAGCUCCAUGUGUCUUCUUGUUACUGGAAGGAAAUUGUUCACAAAACCAAUGAGAUCAUGCUGGUGCUUUCAUCUUUCAACAGCUGCUUAGACCCAGUCAUGUAUUUCCUGAUGUCCAGCAAUAUUCGCAAAAUCAUGUGCCAACUUCUUUUUAGACGAUUUCAAAGUGAAGCAAGCAGAAGUGAAAGCACUUCGGAAUUUAAGCCAGGAUAUUCCCUGCACGAUCUAUCUGCAGCAGCCAAAACGCAGUACGGUACUAAGGGUAACUGAGGCAAAUGUGCUAAAAUGAAAUGGUAUAAGACAGCUUCUUCAUUCCUUGAGAUUGGUAAAAUUAUUGACAAAAUCUCUAGCAUGUCCAGAACCUUGAUCUUUAGAAGUGAUUCUUUACUUGCUUAAUUGUAAACUAGUUCAAGGCAAAAGCUUACAUUUAUCCUUAGAUUUUAUAAAUAUAUGUAGAAUCUUCUCAGAAUUUACUGUUAAGCUAACACUUUAACAACGGUUAUAAAGUUAAGGGAAAUUCAUGGAUUUAACAACAAAAUGAAUGAAGCACCAUUGUUUUUCAAGUCACUAAAGAGUUACUAAAAUUAGGCACUUGAUACUAAUUUUAAAUAUGUUUAAAAACAAAGCAGAAAACACGUUUGUUACUUCAAAAGUGUAUAUCACUUGCUGUUGUAUUCAUUUAUGCCUAAAACUCUGCUAACAAAUGAAUUAAUAAAAUUAUAAUAAAAGUAACACUACUCACUAUCACUGCUUCUAUAAAAAUGGGAAGAAUUUAAAUACUAAAUAUAUAAGCUAAGAAUUUGAUAGCCUGCCAAAGG